CUCAACAAAGUGGGUCACACGAAGCUAGGCGAAGGACUGUUCAGUUCUCUUUCAUUUCGUGUUGGAGUACGGCUCAGUGACAAUACAUCCUCGCUCUCUUCUCGACGAAAAACGUCUUCCAUUAGAGUGACAUCCAACAUGCACGUCGCAUUAGCACCGCAGAUGUCGAAAGAGGAGCGCGAGGCGGCCAUCAAUCAGAAGAUAGAAGAAAUGCGCCGGAAAAACGCAUCUAUAACACAACGGUAUCAAGAAAUCGAGAAUGAUAAGAAGAACGCGGAGAAUUUCAGCUUAGAAGCCACGCAACGUACGAAGACACGUGUUACGCCAGAGAACGAAGACAAAACUUGCUGCCGUACGGUUACAGCAGAAACAAGCCCAAAGGAAACAAACGCGAACGCUCGUGCGGCUAAAGAAUUACGCAGAAUCAAACAAGCCACACUUCCCAGCGUGCCUGUGACAACCGACUUUCGUCCGCAACGGCUCUCAGAGAACGAUUUGCCUCCACCCGAUCCAGUUUUUUCCUACUUGACCGACCGGCUACGGGAGGGAGUUUGUUCACCUAUUAGUCCAGCAGCGCGUCGCAAGCAUAGCACAUCUUCUCAGGGUAGCGAAAUGAGCAUUGGCAGUAGCAACAAUUCUAGGAGGACCUCAACGACAUCCAACUCAUCUUGGACGAGUGAUAGCUCGUCAAAGUACUGCGGUUUUGCAAAUUACCAACCACCUAGAAAAUAUUCGGCAUGCCGUGAUUAUGUGCGCAACCGACGUAUGAGCGAGCAAAUGAUGUCAUCUGACACCAGAGAGAAUGGCAUUGGGCCCGACAAUCACCAAGGCAACAAUCAGCGCAAUUGUUACAAAGAUGCCAAAAAAUUGCCUGAAAACAACACGACGCGUCAUCGCCAACCCGAAAAACCAGCAACGGUGACAUCUGAUCCAAACGAAUCGGAAACUUCAAUUACCUCACCGGUUACGCGAAGAUCUGGACGGCCGACGUUGAGGAGGGAGUUAUCGGUACCAAGUUCGCGGUCUGAAAAUAUAACAAACUGGCGUGAUCGGCGGAUCUCUUACAACAGCACCGAGGAACUAGGUUUCACUUUCCUUGAGGAAGGUGUAGCACGGCUCACGGUGGCUAACGAUGAAGACAUGAACAACAACAGCGACAUGAUCAAUCAUAAUUUACCGAUGCCAGAGGCAGCGUUCGAUUAGAAAGCACUCUGCUUUUGACGAUUCCCGUUAAGUUUUCAAGAAGACCAGUUCUUUUUCCCGUUUCAAUUUUAUAAUUAUUUAUAAUUUAUUUUUUUUUACUUGCCAUAUUCGGCUAAAGGGAGGUCAAUAUUCGGUUUUCCUUUUAAGGGGGUAUCAAUUUUAUUUUUUUAAAAUAAUCUCUACUUCAAUUUAAUUUAUUUAAAUUAUCGUUCCGAUGUGUUUCGUUUUUCUAUUCUCUUUUUUUUCUCCCCCAUUCGAUCCAAUAAAGCGCUGGUACAGACCAGUUCAUCAAAUUGAACGUCUCGUAACUAUUUUAAGCUCUCGGUUGGUUUCGUCUUAAGUGAAAGUGUACACACUUGAAAGUAUUGCGUAAACACUUUUAGACAUUGCUACGACUAUAGCACAGCCCCACAAGUACCAACAAAGAAGCUGUACAAAAAUAAAUAGUGACACGUGUUAGGCAAUGCCAUGAUUUGGUGCCCAGGUGCCCAGAGUUUGUUUUGGUUUUCCAUAUCAUUUCACGAUUAUUUGUUUUCGUGAGUCGUCGAAACGUGCCGCUGCGAGUAUAGAACAGGUCCUUCAUUGAUUUGCUACAAACUGAAACUACCUGUGGUUCUUCGUGAUAAAGUAUCACCCCUAUUAAACAUUUAGAACUAAUCUAAUAGUAAAAAUUGAAUACCUGAAAGCAGAUACAGAUUGGGGAAGAAAACAAGAAAACAAAAAUACCUGGUAUAAAACGAUAACUCAGUUUCUAGGUAUUCCAACAACGUUGUCGAUAACUAGGCAAAUGGAACAACUUGACUCGCCAGUCCACCUGAACCGAGAAAAUAAAAGGUGAUAUUCACAUAAUAGAAAACAGGUUGAAAAUGAAGAAAUUCUUCUUCGAGGUGGGAAAGGCAACGCCCAAUGUUAGUUUCGAAACAAAAAUGGCGAUUUGUUAACGACAAUGCACAAGUUUGGGUUAAGUUGUAAAAUCUCUCAUUGAUAAAACAUGAGACGUCUACAAGAAAGGCGUAAAUUAAUGGUUUCGUACGUUUGUUUUGUCACGCGAGGCGGUCGUUGAGCAGAAACUCACGUUUGUAAAAAUAUCCUUCGCUCCGAAUCAACUGCAGAAUCGCUUUCCCCUGGGGAGAAAAACAUUUCGGGACACGUGGAAAAAUUGGCCAGAGUUUGGCAGUCAAUUGCCUGAAGAAAAAAAAAAGAAAAAGGUUGUAUGAAAAUUUACUUUGUGAAAGACUUGGCAAUAAUCUGCACCAGUCAGACGAUAAAGCCGACGACUCGCAUUAGGAAAAAAAAAAAAAUAAGAAUAGCUUCAGAUAAUGGACUUGUAACUAACGACCACAUAUCGUAAAAAGUACCAACAAAUUAGUAGGAAACACGAAAAUCGAUGCAAUGGCAAAAAGUUAUUUAUAUACAAAAAAUGUAUUGGCUAUGCAGACGUUGGUACAAGCGGUACAAAAAAAAAAGGGCCAAGUAAACAAAAAGAAAGUAAAGACUUUUUCAAGGGAGGGGAGGAGGUGUGUAGUUCCUAUGUCUCAGAAGGAUGGGUGGGUGGUAGACGAUAAAGAGGACAUGUUUCCGUGUUCAGAAAAGCCCAAACCUUUGUGAGAAAAUACUGUUCGAGCCAAGGCUGUAUUUGAAGAUGAGCAAAGAUGAAAAUCAUGAAAGCGUAGAGGCAGAUUUUCUUUUAGAUAGCAUUUAAAGAUAGCAAGCGUAAAACGAGAUGUGCGAGAGAGAAUAUGGACAUUUUGCCAUUCGGUCUAGCGACCCGUGUUGUCUGACAUUUAGAAAGUAAUAUGAUGUGGAGAGCGGGGGGCGGGUAGCUUCAUUCAAAAGCAUUUAAAUCAAGUUCUUUUCUUUUCUUUUUUUUUAAUCAUUCUACUCCAAUACAAAAAGCUGCCUUCUUCUUUUCAAAGCACCCAUCAUCACUGGUGCUACAACGAUGCGUAUUUUUUUUUCCUUUUUUGUUUUUCAAUUUUAGCAUCGGCACCAUGAGAAAUUGAUAACCAAUAUCACACAACGAGUGUUCCGAUUCCGUUGCUUCGAUAUCUGUCGAAACGUAUGUUACCACGAAAAUAGGAGAAAAUAAUAAAUUUUCGAACGGAAAUAGGAUUAUUAGCUCAGAGCAAAGGGGAGAUGGAAGUACUACGAACACGGAACGUUAUUAGAGGGGGCGCUAAAUGUUGCGAGAAACAACUGACUUUAUUUCAACCAUUAAAAUGGCGAAUUAAGCCAAGAAAAAAAAA